UCCUCCUCGGCGGGUUUGGCAUCAUCGAAUGCAUCAUCUGCCUCCUCUUUGUUGGGUACGGAAUCGUCACUGCAACAACAACAAACAUCACAACAACAAUCCUCAACACAACCAACCACACAUUCCACACCUACUCAUGCGGUUAUGUAUGAAGAUCCCCCGCCUGUUCCUAUAGUCCAACAACAACAGCAGCAGCAACAACAGCAAUUACAUCUCCCGCAUCAACAACAACAGCAAACAAGUAGCCAACAGUCCCACAAUAACGUUGAUACUACUCCCGUUGGUUGUCUUAGUCCCUCAGAAACUCCUUCAGGUCCUGCGCCACAACCUCAGCAGCACUUAACAUCACCUCAUCAUCAGCAACAACAACAACAGUCAAAUACAGUACCCUCCAGUGCUCCUAGUAUUCAGCAGCAACAACAGCAGCAGCAACAACAACAGCAACAAAACACAGCAGUGGCGUCCGGGCAAACACAAAUUGUUACGCCGACAGCGGCGAGUGUUUCCCCAUCCAGUGUUAGUUCCCAACCUCCAGAUAUGUCUCUCUCAUUAGCACCAUUGCAUAUACCCGCGAUAAGGCCAGGUUUUGAAGCCGACGCUGCCAGUGCAGCCGUUAAACGGCAUCCUCAUCCGGCAUGGCCGUAUGAAAGUGAUGGCUUCAGUUCAGCGCAAUAUCAUCAUGCAUCGCAAUACUACUUAGAAAGAGAUCGUAAGCCUGUAUUCUAUGGUUAUCCAGAAACGCAAUUUCAGCCUUAUUGGAAUUACCGCGAACAACCCACAUCCGCUGCAGCUGCGGCCUACAUGAGUGCUAGCGAUGAUAGACAUGCAACGGUGAGUGCUGCUGCUGCAGCCAGACAAUCGGUAGAGGGAACCUCACAGUCAAGCUAUGAAACGCCAACUUAUUCAUCGCCCAGUGGUUUACGAGCGUAUCCAAGUGAAGCAUAUUCAAGUACAGGUGGUUCUGGUGGUUUAUCUGUCGGUGCAGUUGGACCAUGUACACCCACCAAUGCUUUACAUGAAUGGACCGGUCAGGUUUCGGUAAGAAAAAAGCGCAAACCUUAUUCGAAAUUCCAAACCUUAGAGCUAGAGAAAGAAUUCUUGUACAAUGCCUACGUGUCCAAACAAAAACGAUGGGAAUUAGCCAGAAAUUUAAAUUUAACCGAAAGACAGGUUAAAAUUUGGUUCCAAAAUCGUCGCAUGAAAAACAAGAAAAACUCUCAACGUCAAGCCAAUCAACAAAACAACAACAAUAGUUCAAAUAGUAAUCACAAUCACAGUCAAGCAGCCCAACAGCAUCACAAUAAUCAUCAUUUAGGUUUGGGUUUGAGCAUGGGUCAUCAUGCCACAAAAAUGCAUCAGUGACCUUUGGAUAACAGCAGUGCCGGCACCAUGGGAUUUCCAACUUACUAACAUUUAGCCAAUAUUAAAACGGAAACGUUUACCGAAUUUUAGUUUCACACACACAUACCCGGAAAACCACCAAAACCAAUAACUUUGAUCCAUAGUUACAGUUGCAACCAGUUUGUUGAAGAAAUUAUGAAUUGAAUACAAAAGUAAAUCUGAAUAAAACUUAAAAAAUUAGUCCCAAAUUGUAGUUUUACAAUGUCAGACACUGUUGUUGUCAACUCUUUAAAUGAAAACAAUACUACAACCAAUCAUUAGUUCGUUUAUACAUAUACAGACACAUGCAUGCAUACAUUCAUAAGUAUAACAUUUAUAAAUGUACAUCAUUGAAAAAAAUUAGAUACAUAUGUGUAUAUGUAUACAUAUAAAUAUUUAAAGAUUUUAUACAAAAAUAUAAACUAAGUAGAAAUUUAAAUAUUCAUAUACACACUCUCUCACUCUCAUCCCAAUCCAAAAUACAUUUAUUCAUUCAUACAUAAAUAGAUUUAAAGAAAAUUUUUGCAUUGUAUCUCAUAAAUACUAAAAAACAACAAUAAUUCGUAUGCAAAAUUAAAACACACACUCAAACACUCAACUCAUUUUGAAUAUAAAAAAAAAAAUUAAAAGUAAAUAUUUAACCCAAAUACAAAAAUACUAUAUUUGAGAAAAAUUUGCAAAACUAAAAGAGAUAAAAUUAUAUAAAAUUCAAUUGUAUUUCAAAUGAUCAAAUUUUUAACUUGAAGGAAAAAAUUAAAAGAAAUGAUUUUAAGAAAACUUAAAUAGUUGUUUUUAAAAAAAAAUUAAUGAAAUCUAAUAUAAGAUAUAUAACUUAUAUAGAAUUUGUUUAAAAUCGCCUAAAGUAAUCCGCUAUUCACACGAGAUAUUCGUAUACAAAACAAAAUUACUAAUUUCGAUUACAAACCAAAUUAAAUUCAUGUGGCAUGAGUACCGUAGUUGAAAUUAUCUGCCACAUGUUCUCCGUAUGUCGACGAUUGCAAAUGUUAGUUCACAUUUAGAUUGUUCAAAUAUUUGAUUAACCCUUGACCAUCUAUCAUAUAUUUAAGUAACGUAAGCACCUACCAUCGGCCAAGUUUAUUAAUUUAAAACUUAAAAACAUAUAACAAAAAAAAUUAAUCAUAAAGAAGUUUAAUGUUCUUUUAACUCUUUUAUACUUUGUAAUUUUGAACAAAAUCAAGGGGUCACUGUGACCAAUGGUAGGUGGUUAAGGGUAAAAUAUGCUUAUUUAUAGCUUUGUUAAGAUUUAAUACAUAUGUUGUAAUUUAAUACAAAAUGUCUACAUACUUGUUUUGUUAAUUAAAUUUUCUAAUUGUGGUCAUGCUAUUUUCUCAAAUAUUUUAUCGUUGCGACCUUCAUUUAAAUAAAAAAAAAUUAGGUUAACACAAAAGCUAUUAAAUAAAAUAUUCAGUUCUAAUCUUUUAGUCUGUUAUCAAAUGUUUUUUUAUGAGAGUUACAGGGCACAUUUUAAAGAUUCCAAUCAAAUUCAGGACCCAAGUUUUUAGACAGAUUCUAUAGAUUAUUAUGAGAAACUUUAAACGAACCUUUACCUAAAAUCUAAAAAAAGUAAAGGUAUUUUUACAAAAAAGAUUUCAUUAAUAAAUUGUUUUUUUUUUAAUUUACAAUAAUAAAUAUAUAAAAAUAUAAUAAGUUCCUGUAAAUACUUAAGAUAA